AUGGGCGCCUCAGUCGACCACGAGGAACUUCGCAAACCCUCGAACGACGCCAUUGAACACGUCGAGGCCAAGGAGAAGCCUCAUCCUCUAGAGAUCGAUCCAGGAAUUCAGAUCGAUGCGGCCACAAACAGGCGUCUCUUCUGGAAGAUCUCUCGUCGAAUCCUCGUCAUCCAGGUUGUCACGUACUUCUGCCAGUCAUUGGACAAGGGAGUUCUGAACUAUGCAUCCAUCAUGGGAAUCAAAGACGACGCACACCUCAAGGGCCAAGAGUAUUCUUGGCUGGGAACUAUUCUCUACCUGGGAAUUCUGGCUGGGGAGUAUCCACAGAAUUUCCUGCUACAAAAGCUUCCCCUGGCGAAGACACUGGCCGUGAAUGUUUUCCUCUGGGGUGCGGUUGUGGCCUGCUCAGCAGCCUCGACUCGCUUUGCGUCCCUGAUGGCUGUCCGCUUCCUGCUGGGCUUCUUUGAGAGCUGUGUCCAGCCGGCCAUGAUGCUAUUAACUGCAAUGUGGUACAAGAGAGAAGAACAGUCGGUGCUGAACGCGGUCUGGUAUUGCAUGAGUGGUGUCCAGCUAAUGAUCGGCGGCCUCCUGGCCUUCGGUGUCUCCCACUUCACAAACGGACCCAUAACGAGCUGGCAAUUGCUGUUCCUCGUCCUUGGACUCGCCACCUGCGUCUGGGCCUUUUUCAUCGCCGUCUUACUCCCCGACAGUCCGUUAUCCGCCAAAUGCUUCGGCGAAGAGGACCGCAUGCUCAUGCUAGAGCGCGUCCGGCAUAACGAAACCGGCAUCGAAAACAAAGAGUAUAAAAAGUAUCAAGUGUGGGAGGCGGUCACAGACCCGUUCGUCUGGUGCUGUGUCAUGCUCAUCACGACGGCCAAUCUGAUCAUCGGUGGCCUGGGGGUCUUUUCCAACUUGAUCAUUCAGCAGUUUGGCUUCUCACUUCUCCAGACACAGCUCCUCAACAUCGCUCAAGGCGCGUGGACGAUCAUCUGGAUGCUUGGUUCUGCAUGGGCGGCCCAAAGAUUCCAGCAGACAUGUGUGGUUAUGAUCCUGUGGGCUCUGCCAGCUAUGGCCGGCACAAUCGUCAUUCUCGCCGUCACGCCCACGGCCUCAAACGCUGGGGGCAUGCUCAUCGCCUUCUACUGCACCCAGCUUUUCACCGCCGAAGGCAACCUGAUCAUCUCGUUGGUGACGCGCAACAUCGCCGGCCAGACCAAAAAGGGCAUCACCAUGACCUUGGUCUUCGUUGGCUGGGCUGUCGGCAACCUGAUCGCUCCCCAGAUCUUCCGCGAGAAAGACGCCCCUCGCUAUCUUCCUGGCUUCCUGGCCCAUAUCAUCAUCUAUGCGGUGUAUCUGGGUCUUGUCGUGGUCACCAGAGUGCUUCUCAUGGCUCGAAAUCGGGCCACAACUCGCGCUUCACCUGAGGUCUCUCAUGAUCUGGCAUUCCAUGAUCUAACUGAUCGUGAAAAUCCCAACUUUCGCUACGUGUACUAG